UCAGUGAAUGAUAUGAUAAAUGCACAUUUAAAUUAAAUAUUUUUAUCGUUUAUCAAAUGAAUCGUUUUGAGAACAAAAGUGGCAACACUAUGAUGCCGCAAUAAUUUAACAAGAAACAGCAGUACUUUUUAAACGUGAGAAACUUUUAAACAUAUUUGAUAUGGAUGUGGAUGGCUCUGGAUUCACUGAUUUAUUGCAACAAGCUCAGCAGCUGACUGCUGAUAUUGAUGGAGAAGGAGAGUUGCUAAGAGUUGAAAGAAACUUGCGGCAGAUAGUGGAUGCUGGCCAGCAGUUGUGGUCACGCACAACACAAGCUGCAAGUAAAGAUGCAUGCGAUAUAAAAGCAUCAAUACUGUUGGGAAGUAAAGGUUAUGAUUUGCCUAAAAUUUCACAGAAGUUAGAAUCCUUGAGCACUGCAAGAACCUUUGAACCCAUUGAGCCUAUUCGGGAAACUGACAUACAGGGCUUCUUGAAAAAUGAGAGAGAAAAUGCCAUGCUGUCUGUUAUUGAGAAGUCAAAAAAAUCUACUUUUGAAAAAGCUGAUAAUGUUUUCUGGGAGACAUUAGAAAGUGAAUGGGAGCAAGAAAAACUCAAGAUUUUAAAUUCUUUAGUUGGUCCUUCAUAUGAGCUGUUGGAUGUAACUACAGAUGCUAAGACAUAUCUAAGUGAAACUAUUAACCUAAAAACUAGGAGUGCUAUGGAUAGCAUUGAAAUGGCUUAUGCAAAAGAGCUUUCUUUGUAUAAUGAACAAGCUAUUAGAGGUAGCACAAAGUGUAAUCUCCCUGAGAAAUUUUAUGCUGUAUUUAAAGAUUUGGAUGACAAGAAAGUGAUGGAGUUGUGGGAAAUGACCAAAUUUAUGACAGAUAUUCCUCUGAAAGUUGAUAAGGAUGUUUUAGCUGCUCGAAGUUCAUUGCUAAUUCAGACUUCUCUAAUCAAGCAAGCAAGGACUUACCUGGAAAAGAAAUAUUUUGAGUAUAUUCAAGCUAUAGUGUAUGGAAAUUUACAGCAAGCUCAACUUGGACCAAGACCUGGGCCAUAUUACAUCAUUCGUAGCUUUUUGAAAAUGAAAAUGCCUGUUCCUCCUGCUGGUCUUGAAGAUGGACUUAUAGAUGGAAAUCCUGUGUGGGCUGUGAUAUAUUAUUGUUUGAGGUGUGGUAAAAUUGAUGCUGCUGUCAAUGCUUGUAAGAAUGCCGGUGAUAGUUUAAGGGAGUUUAUUCCAUUCCUAGUAGAAUAUGAAGAAAAUGAAGGCACAAGGUUGAAACCAAAUAGUGAAUCUCAAAUCAAUCUGCAAUAUCGUCGCACUGUACGUUCCAGUACUGAUCCAUUCAAAAGAGCUACUUAUUGUGUACUUGGAUGUGUUCACGGAGAUUCCAUUCCUGAAGUUAUGGAUAAAACUGAUGAUUAUUUAUGGUUAAAAUUGUGUUUGUUACGUCCUGAAGAAACAGAAGCAGGAACCUUGUUACCCAAAGACAAAUUAACUUUUGCCUCAUUGCAAUCACAACUUCUAGAAGAGUAUGGGGAAACAUAUUUCAAUGCUUACCAGCAACCAUUCCUGUAUUUCCAAGUACUUUUCCUUACGACUCAGUUUGAGGCAGCUAUCGAAUUUCUUUUUCGAAUGGAGUCCCUCAGAUGCCAUGCUGUGCAUGUUGCGAUAGUUUUGUAUGAACUCAACUUAUUGGCAUUACCUCCAAAUUCUCAAGCUCCAUUAUUGUCUAAAGUAAAUGCUGAUAAACCUCCUAUGCGUAGAUUAAAUCUUUCUCGUUUAAUCAUGAUGUACACAAAAAAAUUUGAAGUCACUGAUCCACGAGAAGCAUUACAGUAUUUUUACAUCUUGAGGGAUCUGAAAAGCAGCAGAGGGAUUAGUCUUUUUAUGGCAUGUGUUAGUGAACUUGUUCUGGAAACUAAAGAGCAUGAGAUGCUUCUAGGAAAGAUUGAGCCUGAUGGUUGCAGAAAGCCUGGAGCAAUUGAUAAAUUCCUUACUGACACUCAAGCUAUUAUAGAGAUAGUAGCUACUGAUAGUGAAAAUAAAGGUUUAUAUGAAGAUGCCAUAAAACUUUAUGAUCUUGCAAAAAAACAUGAUAAAGUUAUUGAGAUUUUAAACAAACUAUUGAGUCAAGUGGUGCCUCAAAUGAAUGUAGAGGGUUCUAAUCGACAAAGAUUAGAAAGCCUUGCCUUAACAAUUGCUGAGAGGUACAAAACACAAGGCCAUACUGCAAGCCCUGAAACAGCUGGAACAUUUUUCUUGUUACUUGAUCUUAUGGCAUUUUUCAAUUAUUACCACAAAAAUCAACAUAUAGAAGCUUUAGAUAGAAUAAAGAGUUUACGGUUGUUACCUUUCGAUGUUCAAGAAGUGGAACAGAAAGUUACUGCUUUCUCUACAUAUUCGGAAGAAGUUAGAAGAAAUUUUCCUGAUGUUCUCCUUGCUACCAUGAAUAUUCUAUAUUCUGAGUAUAAAAAGACAAAGAAGUCAAUGAGCAUAAAUCCAGAUCAGAGGUAUCUGAAUGAAAACAUCAGUCAAGAAAAGUAUAUUGCCUAUUUACGAGCCCAGGCCUCAGCCCUGAUAACAUUUGCUGGAAUGAUACCUUAUCGUAUGCCAGGUGAUACAAAUGCAAGACUUGUACAAAUAGAAGUGCUUAUGAUCUAAAGUAUUACUGAAAGACAUUUACCAGUAUUUAUAAUAAGAUAGUUACUGCAACUUUCUGAAAGUACAUAAUCAUAUUUUUGGUGACAAGCAUUAUGUAUGUAGAUUUAUAACAGAGGCAAAACUGUGUUUUGAACAAAAUUUUGCACAGCAGUAUGGUAUUUAGAUGUAUAAAUGUAACUGCUCUAAUUUUAUAUUAUUGAAUAAAAAUUUACAUCUUUGC